AUGGAGACCAAUCAGGAAACUUCCCUGUUCUUGGUGAAGAUCUUGGAGGAACUGGACAGCAAGCAAAACACCGUUUCCUACCAGGACCUGUGCAAAUCCCUGUGCACCCGCUUUGAUCUGUCCCAGCUCUCCAAGCUGAGAAGCGUGCUUUUCUACACGGCUUGUCUCGAUCCCAAUUUUCCAGCCACGUUAUUCAAAGACAAGAUGAAAUGCACCGUGAACAACCAGCAAUCGAAGAAAAUCAUGGUGGCGGCAGAUAUCGUGACGAUAUUCAACCUCAUUCAGAUGAACGGGGCUAUGGCCAAGGAGAAGCUCCCCAGCGGUCGGCAAAAGAUGUGCAAGAAGGAGGCAGCCUUUGACUUGGGCCGCUCGGACACGGAACUCUGCACCGCGGCCCAGUGUGAGUCCCUCAGCUGCGAGCUGAGUGACCAGCCUUUCAGCCGGGGCUACCCCACCCGCCAGUCUUCCAAGUGCCGCAAGAUGGACUGCAAGGACUGCCCGCAGUUUGUACCUGCCUCCGAGCCCAACUUCCUGCUGGGGGUCAGCAAAGAUGUGAAAAACCGGGCGGCUUCCCUGGACAGGCUGCAGGCUCUGGCCCCCUACUCGGUGGCCAGCCCUCAGCCCUGCGAGAUGCAGAGAACCUAUUUCCCCAUGAACAUCGAGAGCGAGUCCAUGUCCGAUCAGGACUCCCUGCCCCUCACCCAGGGCAUCAAGGAGACUUUCAUUUCUAAUGAGGAGCCCUUCGUGGUCCAGUCCUGCGUCCAGAAAAGGAACAUCUUCAAAGAGGAGUUUCACAACCUGAUGACUGUGUCCCCCGAGUUGGCCAGCCCCGCUAACAAGGCUGAGGGCGAGCACGGGAAACCCCAGGGCCGAAAGGAGUCCCACAAGACACCCUUCCCCAAUCACAGCUUUGAGAUGCCCUACAACAGCCAGUACCUGAAUCCCGAGUACUCCCCUGUUCCUGACAAAAGGCGGGCAAAGCACGAAAGCUUAGAUGACCUUCAAGCCUCCACGUAUUUUGGACCCACUCCAGUGAUGGGGACCCAGGAGGCCAGGCGCUGUCCCGGGAGGCUGGGCAAACAGACCCCCUGGCCGGCCAAAAGCUGGAGCCUAAACACUGAAGAACUUCCUGACUUUGAACGGUCCUUUUUCAAUAGAAAUCCCUCCGAGGAGAAGCUCCGCUAUUCAAAUCCCAGCAACCAGACCCCCAACUUCCCAACCCCAGACAGGCGCCCAGCUUACCUCAUGCCACAGGAGCAGCAGCCAAUUCUCCCCGUCGGCUACGUGGCCAAGCCAAACGGGCUCAAAUCUAAAGAGAUCUCGUCCUCCGUUGACCUGGAGAAGCAUGAACCGGUCAGAAAGUUUAAAGACAAGAGCAUUAGCUGCACCAGCAGGCAGCUCAGCUCAGACACCAGUAGCGUGGGCACCCAGACCGAGCAGCACGUCCUGGAGCCCAAGAAAUGCAAAGACUUGUGUGCCUCUGGGCAGGGCAAGUACAGUGACAGGCACGCCAUGAAGCAGUCAGAUGACGACUCGGAAGUUGUCAGUGAUGACAUCAGUGACAUUUUCCGAUUUCUUGAUGAUAUGAGCAUCAGUGGCUCGACGGGAGUGAUACAGUCAUCCUGCUACAACAGCACAGGAUCUUUGUCUCAGCUUCACAAGUCGGACUGUGACAGUUCACCAGAGCACAACCUAACCAAAAUCGCCAACGGGCUCCCCAGCAGCAAAGGAGAAAAGGGCAACCGAUCUGAAAACAGCCACCACUCGGAAGAGGAGUUGAAGACCAGCGUGUGCAAACUGGUGCUCAGGAUCGGUGAAAUUGAACGGAAGCUCGAGUCGCUGUCGGGUGUCCGCGAGGAGAUCUCCCAGGUCCUGGGCAAGCUCAGUAAGCUGGAUCAGAAGAUACAGCAGCCCGAGAAGGUGAGUGUGCAGAUAGAUCUGAAUUCCUUGACCAGCGAGGCUCCGUCCGAUGAGAGCGCCUCUCCCCGGAUGUUCCGUGCACACAAUGGCUCCCACGGGCCCAAACUGGAGAACUCGGCCGACUGGUGCUCCUCAGACGCCAGCGGAAGCAACAGCGAAAGCUUUCGUGUCAAGGCGUUAAAAAAAAGCCUCUUCACCAGGCCAUCCUCCAGGUCCCUGACAGAGGAGAACAGUGCCACAGAAUCCAAAAUCGCCAGCAUCUCCAAUUCACCGAGGGACUGGCGCACCAUCACUUACACCAACCACCGCGUGGGCGUCGGAGAGGAGGAUGUGAAAGACAGAGGCCCUGGGGAAAGUAAGGACUGGCAUCGAAAAUCUAAAGAGGCAGACAGGCAGUAUGACAUCCCCCCGCAGCACCGACUGCCCAAGCAGCCCAAAGACGGCUUCCUGGUGGAGCAGGUGUUCAGCCCUCACCCCUACCCCGCCUCCCUUAAGGCCCACAUGAAGAACAACCCUCUGUACACAGACAUGCGGCUGACAGAGCUGGCGGAGGUGAAGCGGGGCCAGCCUUCCUGGACCAUCGAGGAGUAUGCUCGCAACGCGGGCGAGAAGGGCAAGCUGACAGCCCUGGACCUGCAGACUCAAGAAUCUUUAAACCCAAACAACUUAGAAUACUGGAUGGAAGAUAUUUAUACUCCAGGCUACGACUCAUUACUGAAAAGGAAAGAAGCCGAGUUCAGACGAGCCAAGGUCUGCAAGAUGGCUGCUCUGAUCGCUGCAGCGACGUGCACAGUCAUCCUGGUCAUCGUCGUGCCCAUCUGCACAAUGAAAUCAUGA